AUGUCAUUAAUAUUGUUUUGGUGCAAGCAAAUUAAAAAAGAUGCUUUGCUUAGCCCUGCUUUUACUUUCAUGUGGCAAUUCUUCUGGAGGACUGCUAGAUCUCCACAUUCUUUCUCAGAGACACAGGCAGAAGUUUGUCUUGCAGCAUAUGAAUCCUUAGUCCCAGUUCUCAAAGUUCUAGCUUCCUCAUACUGUAAUCAAUCUUUUAAUCUCAUUGAGGAAAAUGAGCAAUUGUUUUCAGAUAUAGAAGGCAGGCCUCAGUUAGAUCAUAUGUGUGUAUCUUACGUUCAAAAUAUUAAUGAUCUCCUAGGAGCCGGAAUUUUGGCAAGAACUCGAAGGGCUGUUUUGUUGGAUAUUAAGUGGGCAUGCCUAGAAUCUUUGCUGUCAAUUCCUUCUCAUGCCCUAAAAAAUGGGUUUCAUUUGGAGGGAAACCAUGCUUUCUUCUCAGAUGACACCCUGAGAUGCAUUUUUGGUGAUCUUGUUGAGAGCCUUGAAAAUGCUGGAGAAAGUUCUGUUUUAACCAUGCUGAGAUCACUCAGAAUGUUAUUUGAGCUAGUUGCCAAAGUGACGUCAAGUGCGGUUGUUUCCUGUAGUCAUGUGAUAGAUGCACAGGUUAUUUGGAAUUUGGUGCAUUCAUCUUGGAUCUUACAUAUAAAUUGCAACAAGCGAAGAGUUGCUUCGAUUGCUGCUCUUUUGUCAUCUGUUUUGCAUCCAUUAUUAUUUAAUGAUGAGAGCAUGCAUCAAAGAGACAAUGCACCAGGGCCUCUGAAAUGGUUUAUUGAAAAUCUUCUUGAGGAAGGUACAAAGAGUCCUCGGACAAUUCGACUUGCAGCAUUGCACUUAACAGGGUUAUGGCUCUUAAAUCCCAGGAUUAUAAAGUUUUAUUUGAAAGAGAUUAAACUGCUCUCUCUCUACGGUUCAGUUGCAUUUGAUGAGGAUUUUGAAGGUGAACUAGCUGACAAUAAUGAUGCAAGGUUGGAAGUCUCUUUAUUAGCUAGGAGCCCUGAUCCUGAGCUGACAGAAGCAUUUAUUAAUACAGAGUUGUAUGCACGUGUAUCGGUUGCUGUUCUGUUUUACAAGUUGGCAGACUUGGCCUGUAUGGCGGGAUCACCAAAUGAAGACGUAUAUUGUAUUGCGGCAUUAGAUUCUGGCAGAUCAUUUCUGCUAGAGCUUCUUGACUCUGCGGUCAAUGAUAAAGAUCUUUCUAAGGAGUUAUACAAAAAAUAUAGUUCUAUUCAUAGGCGCAAAAUUCGGGCUUGGCAAAUAAUAUGUAUCUUGUCACCAUUUGUUGAGGAAGAUAUAGUUGGGCAAGUUUUAAAUUACUUGUACAUAUCACUUAAUAGAAAUAACUUACCCGCUGUUCGACAAUACUUGGAGACAUUUGCAAUCAACAUAUACUUGAAAUUUCCGUCACUUGUUAAAGAACAAUUGGUCCCUAUAUUGCGGGAUUAUGACAUGAAACAACAGGCACUAUCUUCAUAUGUUUUCAUUGCAGCUAAUGUCAUUCUCAAUUCAUCUAAAGAUGUUCAAUCUAGGCAUUUAGAUGAUUUGUUUCCUCCUCUAGUUCCAUUGUUAACUUCACAUCAUCACAGCUUACGUGGUUUUACCCAGUUGCUUAUAUAUCAAAUUCUGCACAAACUGUUUCCAAUGUUGAAUUAUGGAUCUUCUGCGGUACCUUUAGAAAAGAGGUGUUUUGUAGAUUUGAAAACAUACCUUGCAAGGAAUUCUGAUUGUGCACGCUUACGCGUGUCAAUGGAAGGAUACCUCGAUGCUUAUAAUCCAAAUUGCUCUGCCUCGCCUGCUGGAAUAUUCAUCAAUCGAGUUGAGGUGAGAAUUUGUGUGCACUGUAUUAUUGGAUAA